AUGAUUGAAUUUAAUAGCAUAAAAAGUUGUGAUAAAAUACUUUAUCAAAGACAACCUUCAAAACAGAAUUCAUGUACUCCAAAAAGUGUGUUUACUCCAAAUACUUCUCCAAAUUCUAGAUUAAGAAUACUAAGUCCAACAAAUAAAUUAGAUUCCACAGAAAAAUUCAAUAGAACUUAAAAUAGCACCCAAUAAUUUUAAAAUAUGAUAAGAAGAGAUUUAAUAAAAAAGAAAAUGAAUCUAUUAACAGCCACAUUAUAAACAAAUAAGACUGAAAUUAUUAAGGAAGAGAAUGCAUUCAGUGAUAGAUUACUUAUGAGUAGUUUUGAGAAUUUUGUUAAUGAAACUGAUUAAAAACUUUAGAAAAUUUGUCAUUGGAUUAGUAAAUCACCAUAAAGUAUUUCAAAUUCUUAACCCAUAAUUCCUGUAAAGGAAGGACAGAUAGAAAAUUUUGAAAAGAAAAUUAUAAAGUAUUAUAUUUUAUCAAUAUAGAACUAAAUAAAUAUUAGAAGAGAAGAGAUAAUAACUUAAAUAUGCCAAAUAAUAAUACUAAUAAAAUAAAUAAUUAUUAAAAUAAAUGAAAUUUGAAUUAGAUUAAUUGAAUGAAGAUCAAAAGAUUCUAGAAAUAAGUACAACUAAUAGAUCUUUAAAAGAUGAAAUAGUUUAUAAUAGACAGAGUAUAAUUAAACAUAAAUAAAUAUUAACAAAGGUGGAUUAAUUCAUCAAUAAAUAUUUGAAAGAGUAAUUAUUAACUGAGGAUUGUUAAUUUGGAAAAUAUAUAAGUAAAUUUAAUAACAUCUAUAUGUAAAUGCUAAUAACACUUGAUAAAUAAAUCUGA